AUGGAUAACCGUCGAAUUAUCAUUAUUCGUCAAUCCAUCUUCUCAGUAAUCUGGGAUCACUUUCCAUUCGUGUAUCCGGCCGUAACUUUAUUGACAUACAUCGAAGUACAAAUCCACCUUAACGAGGUAUUCUGGAAGCUAUUGAGUGAUAUAUAUAAUACGAGAACUUUUCCAUUGAUCAGCCGAAGUCGUGCCCACGAUACCCAACUGACGGCGGUGAUUCAAAACGGUUUGAUCAUGCUUUCACUGUUGAUCACAGGGGCCGUAUUGCAUGCGAUCUUGUUCUGCUUCUCUGUCUUCGACAUUCGUCCCACUGAUAUCUUGGACACGGAUUCUGAAUCUGACUCUGACGAAAUAUAUCAUAGUGACAGUUAUCACUCCGAAGAUGAAGAAGAAUACGACGCGGAUGACGAAUCUGAUAACUUUCUAGCCUUUAUCUUUGAAACCGUAUUCAAUGUCUUAUCCCGUGAUGACGAUAACAACAACAGUGACGAAGAGGACAGCAACAGUGAUGAAGAAGGCGGCCACAUAAAUGAAGACGUCUACCGCCACAGCCACGACGUACUCGGUGUCGGUGUCAUUGACCAAAGAUAUUCCGGCGGCAGCGGCGGUAGCAGCAGUGGUAGCGACAGCUCGACGCCACAGCCAUCACUAGCAAGAUCCGAGCCCGCGACAUCCAGACGCCGCGACAUCACUGUCCGGGACGAUCAACAACAAUAUCGUCACCAUCCGUAA